AUGGCAGAGGAGCUGCGCCAAGAGCAGGAUCACUCCAUGCACCUGGAAAAGAUCAAGAAGAACCAGGAGGUCACCAUCAAAGACCUGCAGGUCAAGAUUGAAGAAGCGGAGCAACUGGCUCUUAAAGGAGGGAAACGCACUAUCAUGAAGCUGGAGACCAAAAUUAAAGAGCUGGAGACAGAGCUGGACUCGGAGCAGAAGCGCCAUGUGGAGACAGUGAAAAUCCUGCACAAGAACGAACGGCGCCUGAAGGAGCUGGUCUUCCAAACGGAGGAGGAUCAUAAGACCAACCAGCGCAUGCAGGAGCUGGUGGAGAAGCUUCAGAACAAGCUGAAGACAUACAAAAGACAAAUUGAGGAGGCGGAGGAACAGGCUAACCAGAGCAUGGCAAGGUACCGGAAAACCGUGCACGAACUGGACGAUGCCGAGGAGAGAGCUGGAAUGGCUGAGUCGGCCCUCAACAAACUGCGCACCAGGCACCGAGUUGCGGCAGGCAAAGCCUUCACUUCGGUGGAAGUCAUCCAGGUCUCCAAAUCCACCAGUUCCAAGUCGUCGGCCGAGGAAUAGAUUUCAC